AUGAAAUUGAAAGCCGAGUACAUGGAGAAGCAUCUAAAUAUCUCUUUCGAUCCGUGUGAAGACUUUGCUAAUUAUGCGGCAUACAAUCUCAAUUCGACUUUUAUAAAAUCAUUGUAUUUGGAGAAGGCCAAGCAUGUUCUACAAGAACAUUUUAGGCCAAAUGAGGUAGGUACAAGGUGACAUGACUAUUUUUUUAGCCAAAAUCGAUCCAAAAAGCAAGAGAGAUCUACCACAAAUGUUUGAAAGACAUGUCGGUAUUCAAUACUACCCUGAGUCUAUUACAAAUUGAAAAUAUAAUUUCCGAGCUACCUGUUCAAUUUCCCAUCGGAAUUGAGCAAAUUAAAGACGACGAGAUGUACCUCGGUUUGGUCGGCAAACUUUAUAAUCUUCUUUAUUCCCAUGUUGCCGGUCCAAUUGAUGAUUACACAAUGCAUUUGGAAUCCGGCGAUCUUUUUAUAACAGAAGUUCAUAAGCCAGAUUUUUCGGAAAGGAGUAGAGCUUGGUGAGAGCAUUUCAUUUUGAAUUUUACGUUUCCUUUAAUUUUGAAGGAAUGCUUAUUGUACUCUUCGGGACUGUAAAGAAAACAGGAUUUCGACCUCUUUUUUGGAGACUAUGAAUGGGACAUAUGGCCCUCCAAAUAUUAGUAUCAUCGCUCUAAAGAAGUUGAUCAAGACUAUUUUUGAAGUGGAUGUUCCAUUAGAUGGAGUCAGAAUCUAUUUAUUUACACCAGUCGACGUAUGUCAAGUUUUAGAAAACAUAUAUUAUGGUUCUCAGGAUUUAUCAAGAUCUUCAUUUCUGAACGCUUUAUUUGAAAAGUUGUUAAUCACGAUUACAAAACCAUUUGUUCCGUCCUCAUGUGAGAAGAUGACUAUAUCCGGGUUUUAUUUGACCUAUCAGAAGAUGUUAUACGAUCAUUACACUCACAAUACGACAGCGUUUUUGGUCUUUAACGAACAGUUUAGAUAUUAUUCUACAAAGUUACUGCAAGAGGCUGACAAUUUAUUCAGGUUUGGAAAUGUUUUAAACGACAAAACCAAAAACUUUAUGCUGGAAAGAGUUAAAAACAAAACAUUUAAAUUUAUAAAUCAACCAUUCUUUUUGGAAGAAAAUUACAAAAAAUAUGAGGCAGAUGUUGGAAUUGGGAUGAAGAACAUGUCGUACCUCAUAAAUCAUUUGAAACCUUUGCUCAGAUUUAAUGCUGACAAAAAAAUUAGACACUACAGUACUCCUUCUGUCUUUGUAAGCGGGAUUCCUUACUAUGAAAGUCCAUUUUAUUAUAUUAUUUAGCACUUCUCCGCUCACUCCUCGAGAAGUCAGAAUAAUUAUAUCGGACUGAAUAACUUUGAAUUCCCACAAUAUGAUGUUUCAUUCCCCCCAAUGCUAACCUUAUCUGGCCCUGGAUUCACAAUGGCGCAUGAAUUGGGACAUGCUUUUGGUACAUUGGUUAACAUAAAAUCUAAUAAGAGUGGUUUGAAAAAACAUUUACCCUUUCCGGACGAGUCGGCACCUCCUGAAGAAAUGAAAGAGGGUACCCUAGUGAUGAAUACUAUAAUAGUUACGCUUAUCGAAACGUUAUUUGGGACCUAUGACAAAAAAUGUCCUAAAAAAUACCCCCAUUUUACAUAACCGUUACAAAAUUUUUGUAACAAGCUGUAAAUUAGAAACUGCCCCUAAAUUAAAAUCUAGUAGUCUUAGUACUGUUACAUCCAAGAACUGUCCAAAUCCGACUACUAUUGAAUCUGUUAACGAUUUUUGAACAUUGAAUUUUUAGGUUUCGUGGUAUGAUGGACCGCACAUGUUUGAUUCCGGCGGACGACAACCUGAUUUUAGGGUCAAAACUUUACCGAAAUUAAAAAUUCAAUGUUAGUGGUCGGAUUUGGACAGUUCUUAGAUGUAACAGUAGUAGGACUCCCAGAUUUUAAUUUAACGACAGUUUUUAUACUCCCCGCCAAAAGUUUUGACCCCCCUUCUAACUCGGCCCAAAGUGUACCAAUUUGGACCAAAUUUGGUACGUAGUUUACUGACAACCUUGUAGUAAAAAAUAUCAUAGUAGGACAAACCACUUAGCUGUAUUUCAAAAUCCAGGGACAAUUUUCAAAAAUCACCUCAAAAAAACGGGACAAAAGUUUUGACCCCCCUGCAAAAAAAUUAAAUAUCGCCAGCGGAGGUAACCAGGGGCCUGUUUCACUAACAUAAAAAUAAAUAAAAGAGAAGUAGGGGGGAGCGAGAGAGCAUCGAAAACGCGUUUGCGAGCGAGAGAAACCGGACGAAAAGCAGAAGUAGCUUACUUUUGCGGGAGUGACUUUUUACGUCCAAAACCGCGGUUGGCGGCAGUAUUUUGGCCAUAACUUUUUUUUCAGUUGGUCUAGGAACACCCUUCAAAAUUUAGAAUGAAGCUGACAGUUUCAGCUAUCACCAAGAUUAUUUUCAUUGCUGUGGUGCCAAAACCCGUCCUUAAAAAAAUCGUAAAGUACGCGUGCUUUAAUUUUUGAGAAAAUCGACUAAAUUUUAGCUUAAAAUUCCCAUAACUUGGGUUAAACUUUUCGGAUUGAAACCCUCCAAAAAACAACACAUAGAAUUUUUUAAGUAGUUUUAGACAAUAUGUGUUUUGAAUUCCUUUUAUUGCCCGAUGGACCGUUAAUUUUACAGUAGUACGGCCAACCAUCUCGUUUUUUCUUCUUCGCGGAAUAAAAACGAAUUUUUCUCACCAAUUUUUAUAAGAAUAAUUACAAAUUUCAUAUCAGUGUGUAGAGCCGUUUCUUAGCUACAUUAUUUUUUUUGAGGGGUGGCGAUAUAUCAUAAACUGAUAGAGUUACGGGCAAUUAAAUCAAGGUAACCUCCAUUUUUGACCAUAAAAAGUCGUUCCGAAAGGGGCGAACUUUUGAUUUGAGGGCUCUUUUUAUGACAAAAAUGGAGGUAAAUUUGCCAUAACUCAGCCAUAAUAAGACCUACAAUUGUCCCUCUAAAAAAGCCUCAUGGAAAAAAAGAUGGGCUAUCGACUGGUAUAAAUUAAAGCGUCAACAUUUUGAAAUUGACCGAGAAAUAAAACAUUUCGCAUCUUCAGUGUAAAUGUGCUCUGUACUUCAAGCUAUAUAACUAAUCUACUCUUGAAAAUAAAGCAACGAAAUUUGGAUAUGUUGUAGCCUUAACCGUCAGCUUUAUUUGAUUUUUUGAAGGGUGUUCCUACACCAAUUGAGAAAAAAGUUAUGGCCAAAAUUCUGCGGCCAACUCCGGUUUUUGGACGCAAAAAGUCACUCCGAAAGAGAAGUAGGCUACUUCUGCUUUUCGUCCGGUUUCUCUCGAUCGCAAACGCGUUUUCGAUGCUCUCUCGCUCCCCCCUACUUCUCAUUUAUUUAUUUUUAUGUUAGUGAAACAGGCCCCAGUUUCGUUGUUUUAUUUUCAAGAGUAGAUUAGCUAUAUAGCUUAAAGUACAGAGUACAUUUACACUGAAGAUCCGAAAUGUUUUAUUUCUCGGUCAAUUUCAAAAUGUUGACGCUUUAAUUUAUACCAGUCGAUAGCCCGUCUUUUUUUCUAUGAGGCUUUUUUAGAGGGCCGAUUGUAGGUCUUAUUAUGGCUGAGUUAUGGCAAAUUUACCUCCAUUUUUGUCAUAAAAAGAGCCCUCAAAUCAAAGGAAGAGGAAAAGUUCGCCCCUUUCGGAACGACUUUUAAUGGUCAAAAAUGGAGGUUACCUUGAUUUAAUUGCUCGUAACUCUAUCAGUUUACGAUAUAUCGACACCCCUCAAAAAACAUAAUGUAGCUAAGAAACGGCUCUACACACUGAUAUGAAAUUUGUAAUUAUUCUUAUAAAAAUUGGUGAGAAAAAUUCGUUUUUAUUCCUCCAAGAAGAAAAAACGAGAUGGUUGGCCGUACUACUGUAAAAUUAGCGGUCCACCGGGCUAUAAGAGGAAUUCAGAACACACAUUGUCUAAAACUCCUUAAAAAAUUCUAUGUGUUGUUUUUUGGAGGGUUUCAAUCCGAAAAGUUUUACCCAAGUUAUAGGGAUUUUAAGCUAAAAUUUGUCGAUUUUCUCAAAAAUUAAAGCACGCGUACUUUACGAUUUUUUUAAGGACGGGUUUUGGCACCACAGCAAUGAAAAUAACCUUGGUGAAAGCUGAAACUGUCAGCUUCAUUCUAAAUUUUGAAGGGUGUUCCUAGAUCAACUGAGAAAAAAGUUAUAGCCAAAAUACUGCCGCGAACCGCGGUUUUGGACGUAAAAAGUCACUCCCGCAAAAGUAGGCUACUUCUGCUUUUCGUCCGGUUUCUCUCGCUCGCAAACGCGUUUUCGAUGCUCUCUCGCUCCCCCCUACUUCUCAUUUAUUUAUUUUUAUGUUAGUGAAACAGGCCCCAGGACCUUUUGGAACCGGUGUCCCGUACCUGAACAUGGGUUAAUAAAUGUUUGUUUGUUGAAUGCUUCGUUGCAUUUGAGGAUGCAACGCGUUAAACUGAUUUUGAUGUAGAGAUGCCCAAAAUGGUAAAAAUCUUGUACUGGCGCUUUCCAAAAGUUUCAAAUUAUGUUCACAUCAUGUGAUUUUGACGUGUUAUAACCUGCAUUAAUCUUUUCCUUUCGAAAAAAGUCCAUGAUGGCCUAGCGGUAUCGAUUCGGCCGAUAUCCAGUUGUCAUGGUCAGCCUUGGUGAGCCAUUUGCUCUUUGACUAAAGGUCUAGAUGGGGUCGCUAGGUCCUCAAUCUAAUCCUGAGACUUGUGUCUACUCUCAAAACAAGAAUAAACCCCCGCUGACACGAUCCCAAAUGGUUUGCAGAUGCAACUUUACCGAUCUGCACCUUAAAGAAAAACCCGCUUUUUUCAAAUGGAUUUUUUGCGACCAAAAACGAUUUUUACUUGGUGGGCCAGGUAAUUUAGGACGCUACAGCACCCGCCAUAUUCAUUUGAGACGUAUGGAACGCCAAAUGGGCGGUGGGGAUGGCAUCGUACUCGGGCGCAUCUACAGAAACGGCAAACUUAAGAUUAAGGUGAAUGAAACCCAUUCCAAAAUGUGUCAAAUCGAAACCUUUGUGCAUGCUGAGAGUAAAUAGGAGUCUCAGGAUUAGAUUGAGGACCUAGCGACCACAUCUAUUCCUUCAGUCAAAGAGCAAAUGGCACACCAAGGCUGACAAUGACAACUGGAUAUCGGCCGAAUCGAUACCGCUAGGCCAUCACGGACUUUUUUCGAAAGGAAAAGGUUAAUGCAGGUUAUAACAUGUCAAGAUCACAUGAUGUGAACAUAAUUUGAAACUUUUGGAAAGCGCCAGUACAAGAUUUUUACCAUUUUUGGGCAGCUCUACAUCAAAAUCAGUUUAACGCGUUGCAUCCUCAAAUGCAACGAAGCAUUCAACGAAAAAGCAUUUAUUAAUCUGUAUUCAGGUAUGGGGCAUCGAUUGUAAAAGGUUCGGGCUACAUCCGGUUUCGAUAUUUAAUUUUUUUGCAGGGGGUUCAAAACUUUUGUCCCGUUUUUUUGAGGUGAUUUUUGAAAAUUGUCCCUGGAUUUUGAAAUACAGCUAUAUGGUUUGUCCUACUAUGAUAUUUUUGACUACUAUGUUGUCAGUAGACUACGUACCAAAUUUGGUCCAAAUUGGUACACUUUGGGCCGAGUUAGAAGGGGGGUCAAAACUUUUGGCGGGGAGUAUAAUUUACAGCUCGUUACAAAAAUUUUAUAACAGUUAUGUAAAAUUGGGGUAUUUUUUAAGAAAUUUUAUGUCAUAAGUCCCAAAUAACGCUUCGAUAAGCGUAAAUAUUACAGUAUUCAUUACCAGGGUACCAUCUUUCAUUUCUUCAGGGAGGUGCCGACUCGUCCGGAGAGAGUUAAUUUCAGGUUCACGGGUAGAAAACAGAAGCCGAGAAUUAAACGAAACGCUCCACUGUUUUGAAUCGUUUUAUGAGAAUCAAUGCGAUCCCAUAAAUUCUACAAACUGUGUCGAUUCCGCCAAAACUAUUGAGGAAAACUUUGCUGAUCAGAUGGGUAAGACAAAGUUUGAGAGCGAAAAAAUUGAUGCAAAACAAUUGCAGCUGUCCAUCUGUCGUAUUUUACAUACAAAAAAUCAUCUCUAAUAAAUGGAUAUGUAAAUCGACCCCGAGGGAAAAUCCUGGACAUCCUGACGGACGACCAAUUGUUUUUUAUAAACUUGGCGCAAUCUAUGGCCCCACUGUUUGAUUGGGAUAAUAUAACAUCCGAUGACCGACAUUCCCCCUCUUCGGUCAGAAUUUGGGGUAGUCUGGCAAACUUUCCAGCCUUUGCCAAUGCGUUUAAUUGCCCGAUUGGAACUAAUUACAACCCGGAAAAGAAAUGUAGUCUUUUCAAUAAACCGAUAAGUCCUGACUACAAUUUAAAGGACAUUGUUUAA